AUGGUAGCAGAGAUGGCUCUUGUAAAACCCAAGUUUACUCCAAAAAUGGCAGUAGAGAUGGCUCUUGUAAAACCCAUCACCAAUUUCAACAAUGUGAGCCCAAAAUUUGGAAGCAGCAGAGCUUGCUCAUACAACAAGUUGAGCAGCACAAUAAGAAUGUCUGCAACUGCACAGCCCACAGCCAAAAAGUCCCCAAAGAAAGCCAUCAAGGAGACCCUUUUGGCACCAAGGUUCUACACCACUGACUUUGAUGAGAUGGAGACCCUCUUCAACACUGAGAUCAACAAGAACCUCAACCAGGCUGAGUUUGAGGCUCUGCUUCAGGAGUUCAAGACUGACUACAACCAGACCCACUUUGUGAGGAACAAGGAGUUCAAGGAGGCUGCUGAUAAGCUCCAAGGCCCCCUCAGACAGAUUUUUGUGGAGUUCUUGGAGAGGUCUUGCACUGCUGAGUUCUCUGGCUUCCUUCUUUACAAAGAGCUUGGAAGAAGGCUCAAGAAAACCAAUCCAGUGGUGGCUGAGAUAUUCUCUCUCAUGUCCAGGGACGAAGCCAGGCAUGCUGGGUUUUUGAACAAGGGCUUGUCUGAUUUUAAUUUGGCAUUGGACUUGGGGUUUCUGACAAAGGCCAGGAAAUACACAUUUUUCAAGCCAAAGUUCAUCUUCUAUGCCACUUAUUUAUCUGAGAAGAUUGGAUACUGGAGAUACAUUACCAUAUACAGGCAUCUCAAGGAGAAUCCUGAGUACCAGUGCUAUCCCAUUUUCAAGUAUUUUGAGAACUGGUGUCAGGAUGAGAACAGGCAUGGUGACUUCUUUUCUGCACUGAUGAAGGCACAACCCCAAUUCCUUAAUGACUGGAAGGCAAAGUUGUGGUCUCGAUUCUUCUGCUUAUCGGUAUAUGUGACAAUGUACCUAAAUGAUUGCCAACGCACAGCUUUCUAUGAAGGCAUUGGGCUCAACACAAAAGAAUUUGAUAUGCAUGUUAUCAUUGAGACAAAUCGCACUACAGCCAGAAUUUUCCCAGCUGUGCUUGAUGUUGAGAACCCAGAAUUCAAAAGGAAACUGGACCGCAUGGUGGAGAUUAACCAGAAGCUGAUUGCUGUCGGGGAGAGCGACGACAUUCCCUUGGUGAAGAACUUAAAGAGGAUACCUAUGGUUGCUGCAUUGGCCUCUGAGCUUCUGGCUGCAUACCUUAUGCCACCCAUUGAGUCCGGAUCUGUUGAUUUUGCUGAGUUUGAAACCCAACUGGUGUACUGA